CAAGAGGUCCAGAAAUAGCUUCUUCAAGCGCACAUCUAUGUCUUCAAUAUAAACAAUUUUCUUCCUCUUCUUCUCUCUCAAGGUCAAAUUCUCCCUCUCAAACUUUGGGUCAUCUGUCGUGUGGGGGGUUUUUUCUAUUUAGUUUGAGAUGGGUUUAUGGUUCUUUGCAUGUUAAAGCAAAGUGAUGUAAUUAAGAUAUUCUAUUUCUGGGUCUGUGAUAUAUGCGUAUUUUACACAUAUCUAUGUGUCCGUUUGAGGUUGACGAUUGAAUAAAUGAAUCUGGGUUGUGGUCAAGCGGUGGAAUCGAUGUCGAUGCCGAGCUCAAGUGUUUCUUGCAAGUCUGGUGAUGGAGUCUCCGACCAGUUUCCGGUCGGUCUCCGUGUGCUUCUAGUAGAUGAUGACCCCACUUGUCUCUUGAUCUUAGAGAAGAUGCUUCGGAACUGCCUCUAUGAAGUUACCAAGUGCAAUCGAGCAGAAAUUGCAUUGUCACUGCUACGAGAGAACAGAAAUGGAUUCGAUAUUGUUAUAAGUGAUGUCCACAUGCCUGACAUGGAUGGGUUCAAACUACUCGAGUAUGUUGGCCUUGAGAUGGACCUUCCUGUUAUCAUGAUGUCGGCCGAUGAUGGUAAAAAUGUUGUGAUGAAGGGUAUUACUCAUGGGGCAUGUGAUUAUCUGAUCAAACCAGUUCGAAUUGAGGCAUUAAGGAACAUAUGGCAGCAUGUGGUUCGGAAAAAAAGGCAUGAAUGGAAGGAUGCUGAGCAAGUGGGAAGUGUGGAAGAUGGAGAACGACAACAGAAACUGGCUGAAGAUGCGGAUUACUCGUCUUCUGCAAAUGAAAGUAAUUGGAGAAACUCCAAGAGAAGAAGGGAUGAAGAAGAGGAUGCUGAAGAAAGGGAUGACACGUGUACAAUGAAGAAGCCACGGGUGGUUUGGUCAGUUGAGCUCCAUCAACAGUUUGUGGCAGCUGUUAAUCAACUUGGAAUUGAUAGUAUGGAUCUUUAUCAACUUUUCCUUAUUGUUUUCCCCUUCCAUUCCGCUUAA